AUGUUAAAAGACGAGGUUCAUUUAUAGAAUGAAAAUGAAAUUGAAAUAAUAAAACUUAACUCCUUUCAGCCUAGAUUUAAGUGGUCAAAAUGCGACAUUUCUGAUAUAGGACAAUUCGAGUUAUUUGACAAUCGGAAGAGCAGAAUCUACAAGAUAGAUCCCUCUUAGGGAAUGAUGUUGAAGGAAUUUUUAAGUGGAAAAGUUUGCUUCUAAGGAAUCAAUAAUCAUUUCAAGAUAGCAAAAAUCAUCUCAAACGGAAAUUUUGGAUCUAUUGUACGCAUGAGAAAUCUCCAAAAUGAAGAAUUGGUCACAUGCAAAAUUUUUAAGCAAGGCAGACCAGAAUUAGAAUAAGAAUUCACAAAUGAAGUCUUAGCUCUCUAAUUUUUAAAACACAAGAAUUUACCCAAAAUUAGAGAAUAUUAUAUAGAAGCCAAUCAUAAUUAUAUAAUUUAUGAUCUAUUCGAAGGCCACCCACUCGAUAUUUGCAUUAAGAACAACGUUCUAGACAAUCAAUAGAUGUAUAAUAUUAUGAAGGAAUUAUUAAGAGUGGUUAAAUUUAUCAAAAUGGAAGGAUACUCCCAUUAGAAUAUCAAAUUAGAAAACAUAUAUUAUUAUUCAUUGAUGAAUCAAAUAACCCUAGUCGACUUUGGCAAAUCUUAGUUGAAAAAUUAAUCAGUUAUUGCUGGCGAUUCUUAUUUUUCAAAAACCACAAAGGAUUAUUCAGAAUUAAAUACUUAAACUUAUCGAAAUGCUAAUCAAGAUAAAGACUACUUUGACUGUGGCUUAGUAUUUCUUUAAUUGAUUACCCAAAAAGUUUUGAGUCAUAAAGACAUCCACUAUUCGGAUAAUAAUCAUAUUUUAAUGAGUCUAAUUACAGAAAUUCAUAACCAAAAGAUUUCUACCUUCCUUAUGAAAUUACUUUCAUAAAAUAAAGUCUAAGAUAAAUCUAGCUUUUCAGAAAACUUAUUAACAGAAAUCGAUGACCUUAAUUUCGAACUAUCAAAUUACAAAAAUUAUUGA